AUGGAGUCCAAAACAGCAACCCAAUCUGUCCGCGACAACAACCAACGAGCGCGCGAGGCACUCCCUUUCAGUGACCAGACUGAUUUCCAGAACGCAACAAAGGGCUACAUUGGCAAAUGCAAGCCAAAUAUCAUUAACAAUGCCGCUGGUGACGUGGUCUGGGAUAAUGAUGCCUACAACUUUCUCCAACUUGAUGAUGCCCCCGACACUGUGAAUCCCAGUCUGUGGCGACAGGCAAAGCUCUGCCAACUGGACGGUCUAUUCCAAGUCACAGACGGGAUUUACCAAGUCCGCGGUCUGGACCUUUCCAACACGACAUUUAUCGAAGGCGACGAGGGCCUCAUCAUCAUUGACGUAUUGACGUGUGUAGAGACGGCAGCUGCAGCGCUGAAAUUGUACCGGGAGCAUCGCGGCAAGGACAGACAAAUCAAGGCAAUCAUUUAUACGCACUGCCAUGCAGAUCACUUCGGCGGAGUAAAAGGCUUCGUCACAGAAGAGGAAGUGCAACAAAAUGACAUCAAAAUCAUGGCGCCAGAGGGAUUCCUGGAGCACGCAAUUGCAGAAAAUGUGUUUGCGGGAACCGCCAUGAGCCGCCGAGCAUCGUACAUGUACGGCGCGGCGCUACCUCGCGGUCCAAAGGGCCAGGUUAGCGCUGGUUUGGGUCAGAGUGUUCCAACUGGUACAGUGACGCUCAUUGCGCCGAAUGAUGAUAUCAAGACCACCGGGGAGGAGAGGGUGGUUGACGGUGUGAAGAUGGUCUUCCAAAUGGCGCCUGAUACCGAAGCACCCGCCGAGAUGCUCAUCUACUUUCCGCAGUUCAAGGCGCUUUGCGCGGCAGAAGACGCAACGCAUACGUUUCACAAUAUUCUGACGCUACGAGGAGCCGUGGUCCGAGACUCGCAUAACUGGAGCAAGUACAUCACCGAGACGAUUGACUUGUUCGGACACAAAUCCGAUGUGGUGUUUGCUUCCCACCACUGGCCAACCUGGGGGACGCAGAAUGUUGUUGAUUUCCUGAGCACUCAACGGGAUUUAUACGCCUACGUGCACGACCAGACCCUCCGGUUCCUGAACAAGGGCUACACAGGUCCUGAAAUUGCGGAAAUGAUAACCCUCCCGCCUGCUCUUGAGGAGGCAUGGAGUGCUCGCGGUUACUACGGCUCACUGAGCCAUAAUGUCAAGGCCAUUUAUCAGCGCUACAUGGGCUGGUUCGACGGCAAUCCCGCCCAUCUAUGGGAACACCCACCAGUUGAACGGGCAAAGCGCUAUGUGAGACUCGCAGGCGGCGCAGACCAAGUCGUGUUCCACGCAAGAGAAGCCUUUGAGAAAGGUGAUUUCCGCUGGGCAGCAGAGAUAUUGAACCACGUCGUGUUUGCGGACGCCAACAACGCCACGGCCAAAGCACUACUAGCAGAUACGUACGAGCAACUGGGUUACGGGGCUGAGAAUGGAACCUGGCGAAAUUUCUACAUUUCCGGUGCCGUGGAAUUGCGCAGCGGCAAAUUUGGCGCCCCGACGACAACGGCAUCCAAGGACAUCGCCGGUCAACUUACGCCAGAGAUGUUGUUCGAUUCCCUGGCCAUUAAAAUUGACGGUCCAAAGGCAUGGGGGGAGAAACUGGCCAUUGAUGUUGUCUUGGGGGAUGUUGACAUGCGGUAUAGGCUGUGGCUGUCGAAUGGGGUGUUGCUUUAUACGACGGCGAGGCAGGAUGGCGGAGCGGAUGUUACGAUUUCGGGGAACAAGAGGCAGCUUUGUGCGUUGGCGGUUCUUGGACUUGAUCCUGGAGCUCUGAGGAGGGUUGGCUUGGAGAUUGACGGGGAUGAUGCUGUGCUGGGGAGGUUGGGGAGGUUGCUCGAUAUGGGGGAUGCUAAUUUUAACAUGGUUACGCCGUAG